AUGAUCCUGCGGAGGGCACUGCCAGGUGCAGAGCUGAGCAGCACGGGGCAUCGGGUCGCCCCUCCUCCACACUUGGCUCCGACCUCCAGGACAGGUGAGGGAGCCCUGCCUUUCCAAGGGACGCUCGGAAUUGGUGAAUCUGUGACUGAGCAGGGGAACAAACUCUCCGGAGCAAGUUCAGCUCAACAACUCAGGGUAUCCUCAGAUGAUCUCAAAAAAGGAGAAAAGUUGAAUAUGAUGGCUCACCAGUGCUCUUCCUGGAUCUUCAUCAAUGAGAGGACAUUCAUUACCAGGGAACAACUCAACUCUUUAUUGAAGACCUAUAACAUUUUUUACGAGAACCAGAAAAACCUGCAUAUUUUAUGUGGACAGACAGAAGAUGGCAAACUAAUUGUUGAAGGAAUGUUGGACAUUUUCUGGGGAGUAAAACGGCCUAUACAGCUAAAAAUACAAGAUGAGAAACAAAUCCCUUCUUUUACUAGGUUGAAAUCACCAGAUGUCUUUCCCAAAAGGGGAAUGACACGCUGGGGGGAAUUUGAUGAUCUUUACCGUAUUAGUGAGCUGGACAGAACCCAGAUUCCAGCAUCUAAAGGAACAGAUUCCCAAGAAGAUUAUUUAUCUUAUCCCAGUAGCACUCUGAAGGCUUAUGCAGAUGAAGAGCCAGAAUCCCCAUUGCUCUAUCGCACCAUGAGUGAAGCAACCCUGGUGAGAAAAAGGAUGAAGCCUCCAAUGAUGGACAGAAAAGACAGACAGAAGCAUAGGGCCUCUAUUAAUGGGCACUUCUAUAACCAUGAAAUUGAAAAUAGUGCCCAGGAUUUCGCACUUUACAUUAUUUUUGCAACAGGAGAGCGGAGGCGGCUAAAGAAGACAGAUGUCCCGCUACUGCAUAGGCUCGUGCAGGGACCUUCCAAAGAGAAUGCUCGCAUUUUCCUCAUGGACAAAGAUGAAAAAGAAAUUAGCAGUGAUGUGGCUCAGUACAUUAACUUUCAUUUCCCUCUCCUGGAAUCCAUCCUUCAAAGAUUAAAUGAAGAAGAGAAAAGAGAGAUUCAAAGAACAAUAACAAAAUUCAGUACAGAAAAGGCUAUUAUAAUGAAAUGUCUCCAAAGUAAACGGGUAGUAAAAACUGAGACAACCGUUUAG